CUUUCUCUCUGAGUCUUUUUUUUUAAUAUAGAAAAAGAUCAGAGCUUUAGAUAAGAAGAACAGAGAUUUUACUGCUUUCCAAAAAUUCUCUCUUAAAUAUAUUUACUUAGGGUUUUUUUGGGUUUGUUUUGAUUCGAUGCCGAGAUCUGAAGAAAAACUCAUCCUCUUCUGCUUCCUCUUACCUCUGCUUCAGGUUCCAGCAAUAAUAAUGAUGGCAUAGGAAUGUGCUUGCUAUAUAUACUGUUGUAAAAAGAGAGAGAAGCUAAGGGGUUGAAGUGGAGUUCCAGUGACAGGGAAGAAGAGUGCAGGAUGAAUGUCAAAUGCAAAGGUGGUGGUGGCGGCGGCUCAGAAGGAGAGGAUGGUUAUAUUUUUCAAUCACCAUCAAAUGCUAAUGGUAUUAGCAGUAGGAAGAGAAUUAAACUCCAAAAGGUAUCAGGCGAUCGUUGUCCUGUGGAUCCUGCUUUGGUGCCCAGGAGAGUUCGGUCAGCAAUGAAAAACCGCAUCAGCCAAUCAGCAUCUCCGCCAUUGUCAGAUACAAAGAAACAACAUCAUGCUUUCGUGGGCACCCAGUUGUUCAAAGGCUCUAGUUCAGAAGGAUUUAAACAAAGAAUGCUUGAUGAAGUCACAAAAGAUGAGGAAGAAGUUGCUGAGGCCUUGACUUCUAUGGCGAAUUUCAUCACUACCAAGCCAGUUAAGACAGCAGAAGAUGGUGGGAGAAUAUCAGAAGAGAAUCUAGAUAAAAAGGCCAUAUUGGCUCCUUGUUUAGAAGCUCCAGAAGAAGAGAGUAUAAAGCUUUUGAUUCCAUGCAAUGAUACCAAAACCAGCGAUCCCUUAGAGGAAUUUUCGCCAACUGUGAAGGCUGACCCUUCUACACCGGGGCAACCAGUUGCGGUCUCUGUUAGUCAAAAGUUAGAUAUAGAGGCAAAUGGAGAUCUAUUGAACCCCCUGAGGAGGAAAUCUUCUAAUAUGGAACAAGCAGAGAGUUUUAUAGAUGCAAUGAGCUUGUCCAAUCCUGUAGGAGCUCCGCAACAUCUCCCAGUAAAUGGAACGUUGCAGCCAAAUCAAUUGGACUCUGGUCUGGUUCUGUCAAAAGAGAUAGGACUUUGGCCGCUAGGACCUGCUUCACUUAAACCUCAGCUUGUUAUGCCUGACGGCGAGAAAGCUCCUAGUGUGCAGCCUGGAUCUUAUAGCAGAGUUCAUGAGCAGUUGAAAAUGCCUUCUUUGUGUAAAGUUGAUGUUUCAGGAAGAUGUGGCAGAGUGAACGGCCUUCUUAUGGAGAAGCUCCCCUUGGCGUCCAUUGAUAAAAAGCAGCAUUGGAGUAGGUGUAUUACUCACGUUAACAUAAGCCGUCUCAUCCAACACCAUCAAAAAGCAGAAAAAAAGCAGUUGCCUACACCACAACUCAACCAAGUAAAGCCCAUGGUGGCAAUAAAUCAGAGUUUACCUACAUCUUGUGGGACUUCUGGAUCAAGAAAUGGUAUGAUUCCCCAGCUGUCCAAUGGAUCUCUAAUAGAGAGGAAUAUGCUGGAAGCUAGAAAUAGAAUGCUACAAGAUGGUGGGAGGCUUCAACAAGCUCAGCAGGCAGCUGCGUUACCUGGAGCCUAUGCUCAACAGAAACAGGGUUGUGAUUUUUUGUCCUUGUCGGCUGUUGGUGAUACUAAGAUCUCAGGGAACGGGAUGAAGUCCUCUGGGCAGCUUCUUGUUCCUUAUCCUCCUAAUCAAGGUGUUAUGCCUUUCACAUAUUCUCGAGGUUCUUAUACUUCUCAGUAUCAGGAGCAGUUUGCAGCUGGAGCCAGUCAGCAGGUACAACUACAUCUACCAGCCUACAUGUCUAACAGCCAGUUGUAUGGACAACAUAUGGGUCAAGCAGCAGGAGGUGCAGCGACACAGCAGCAGCUGAUGUGGCAGGCCCAUUUGGCCCAUUACAGGCCUCCGGUCAAUUUCACACUGAAAUGGCAGGACAAUGGGCGGCAACAUGAGUCUUCUUCUUCAUCGUCUUCUCUUGUUCAGAAUCCUCCCUCGAUAUUUCCUCUUCCGGCAGAUAAUAGUUCUCAUAAUAUCCACCAGCCCUUUGUGAUGCCUUUGCAAUCAUUGUCGUCAUUGUCCUCAAGAUCAAAACAGAAGCAGCAGCAUAAUGGCAGUGGGCUCAAUCCACGGAGCUCGUCUCAACUGCCAAUGAUAUGCAAUGCAGAGAGUUUUAGAUAAUUACUCUGGUUUGGUUAUUGGUUACUUCAUCCUAUUGUUUGAAGGAAGCACUGUGCCUCCUUUCUUUUGCUCCCUUAGAGAAGCAACUCCAUUGCUUCGGGGAAUUGGUUGUGACAGCAAUACUGCAAUUGGAGGUGGCGAGGAUCAAAGAACUCGAGCAUAGUGAGUAAACUUCAAUGAGGCCAUGAAUAUGGAAACCUGAACGAGUCAUGAAGUAUGGAUUUGCCAUGUAUGCCAACGAUUGUUCUAAAACUGAUAUGUAGGAAUUACUAUUACAAAGUAUGUGAUGAAGAAGGAAGGAAACAGGUGGUUGGAAAUCUUUGAGCUUCUUUUUUAUGUAUGCUCUAUUUUGGAGCUGAGAUUGGUCAUACUUUGAGCAUUUCGGUGAUGUAAACUUUGUUGUAGAUCUGUACCGUGUGAUGGAGUAAGAUGUGUAUAUUCUGAUCACUAUAUAGGAGUUUGACUAGGGAUAUGGUGUUUUGCCUUACAAUUUAUAAAAGGCUAUAAAUAACACUUGAAUA